AUGGAUUCCGAGAAGGCUCAAUGCGCUGAGCAUGUGGAGGAGCAGGAUGUUAGACAUAUUGCAUCAAAACCAGAAGGCCCGGCUGUUGACGAGGAAUUGACAGCCCUCCAGACUGUCAAGCAGCAUCCGAAAGCAAUCAUCUAUUGCUUUUGCAUGUCGAUUUGUACCUUUGUGUAUGGGUUCGAUUUGAUCAUCAUCAACGUGGUGACCGCAAUGCCGGCAUUCCAAGUUGCUUUUGGUGACUCGACAGGUGACGGCUCCUAUACUCUUCCAGCUCAAUGGCUCUCUCUUUGGUCCUCUAUGGUCUCGGUCGGCAUCAUGGGAGGAGCGUACGCCACCGGGCCUAUAGCUGAUCGCAUUGGGAGUCGAAUCUUGAUGAUCUUCGGUGGCCUGCUCACAAUUGGAGGGGCUUUGAUCUGCACCUUUUCCGAGACUAGCGAGAUACUCAAUACGAAACGCAGUAUGUUCUUGAUUGGAAAAAUCGUGGUCGGACUCGGGCUAGGGUUCCAGUUGCCCGCCUCCCAAACGUACGUCUCGGAAGUCGCUCCCUUAAGAAUACGAGGGCCGCUCCUCUCUCUCUUCACACUUUUUAUGGUUAUUGGCCAGAUCAUUGCCGUCGUCGGUGUCGAUGUCCGUCUCCACAUUACUACAGCUGCCGCAUUUCGGAUUCUUUUUGCUUCCGAGGUCAUCCCUGCGGGGAUUGCGAUCCUUGCUGUGAUUCUUACCCCGGAUAGUCCCACUUUCCUCGUCAAAAAAGGCAAGGUUGAAAAAGCAGUCAGGGCAUUUACCCGAAUCUACAGCAGUCGCGGGCCAGAGGCGCAGGAGGGCGUUGGCGCAAUUGAAGCAGCCUUGGAACAUGAGAAGCAAGCUGAGAGCACGGAGAAGAAAGCGUCCUAUAUUGAGUGCUUUCAGGGCGCCAACUGGCGGCGGACCCGCAUUGUCUUUUACGCCAACAUUCUGCAAAAUUUGGUAGGAAUAGCUAUGAUCUCGAAUGCGACCUACUUCUUGGAGUUGGGCGGGAUGACGGCUACGGUCUCGCUCCUCGUUACGACUGCCUCCCUCUGUCUCCUAAUUCCGGCCAUCCUAAUCUCGUGGUACACUAUGGCGACCUUCGGCCGAAGAACGAUUCUAUUAUGGAGUGUCGGGGCGAUCACCCUCAUCUGGCUCGCCAUCGGCAUUGCGGGGUGCUUCUCCACUACCACCGCAUUUUGGUUUGUCGGAUGUGCUAUUGUCGCUGUCAACUUCACCUACGGUCUCGGAGUCGGUGGAACCUACCCCGUAAUUUCGUCAGAAACCUCCACACUGCGCCUUCGAGCCCAGACUCAGUCACUAGCUUUCAUUGCGCAGUUUUUCUUCAUGUGGGGAUUCAAUUAUGCCGUUCCCUAUAUGUACCAGACGGAUGAAGGAAACCUGGGUGGCAAAGUCGGCUUUAUCUUUUCUGGCCUCUCAGCACUGGGAUGGAUUAUCUUUUUCUUUGAGGUUCCUGAGAUGAAGGACCGCACGAUUGCAGAGCUUGACCAUCUGUUUGAGAUGCGGACACCGACGCGCGCUUUCAAGGGCCAGAUUGUGCCGCGGCACUGA